AUGGUGGUCGAAUCGAAGCCACUAGAAAUAGACUGCGCCGCCGUCCCAAGUUCACAGCGUCCUUUGAGAUAUUUAAAGAUAAUUAUUGUUAUAAUUCAAGAAAUGGUGCAAACUAGUGUAGUACGUAGUUGCGACAGUAGUUGGUGUCCAGGAAGUGAUAUAAGAUUUCACACAUUUCCUAAAACAGUACUCGGAGAAAUUUGUUGUUAUCCAUUAUACCAUUGA